AGAAGGGGCCUGCUCCGCCAUCUUGUUGCCAUAUUGGCCAUCCUUUUGGACCAUCCUUUGGGGGGGCAAGGAGGGAUGCUGGGAUCCCUCGGGGGGCGUCUGCCCCGGGUUGCUCGGGUGUGGGAGGGAGCAGGAAUAGGUUGCGGGCCUGGGAUCCCCCUGGCUGGGCUGCCCCUGGCCUGGCAGAGGUUGGCAUCCACCUCUCCAGCUGGUGGGCCCUUGGGGGAUGGCUGGUACUGGGCCUUGGCAGACUCGACCCCGGUGCACUGGGCCGAGCAGGGUCUGCUGGCCGCUCAGCAGGCCUCGGGCCUGCCCUGGUGGGCCACCAUCCUCUGUGCCACCGGCCUCCUGCGCGGGGCCAUCACGCUGCCCCUCGCCGCCCACCAGCACUACAUCCUCGCCAAGGUGGAAAAUUUGCAACCCGAAAUCAGAAACAUUGCCAAGCACCUCAACCAUGAAAUUGCACUUCGGGCAAAGCAGUUGGGAUGGUCAAAAAGGAUUGCGAGGCUCACCCACCUGAACACCAUGCGACGGCUCGUCUCGGAGCUGUACGUCCGGCACAACUGCCACCCGUUCAAAGCCACCCUGCUCGUCUGGAUCCAGGUCCCCAUGUGGGUGCUGGUGUCGGUCGCCCUCCGCAACUUCAGCGUGGGAGCAGUCGACUCAGAAGGUUUACCCCUCAGGGAACAGUUCUCCACGGGCGGAGCGCUGUGGUUUCCCGACCUCACCGCCCUCGACUCCACGUUGAUUCUUCCCGUCUCCCUCGGGAUCCUCAACCUGUUCAUAGUGGAGGUUUUCGCGCUACAGAGACUGGAAAUGUCGCGAUUUCAGAAAUACAUCACCCACUUCAUCCGCGGGGUGUCCGUGCUGAUGAUCCCUAUUGCCGCGACCGUGCCCUCGUCCAUCGCCCUGUACUGGCUCUGCUCCAGCUGCCUGGGCCUGGCUCAGAACCUCCUGCUGCGCUCGCCGCGCUUCCGCCGGCUCUGCCGCAUCCCGCCCACCGCGUCCGACUCGGACACUCCGUACGCGGACCUCCGGGACGCCUUUUACGCCAAGUACUCGCCGAGGAAGCCGGCCGGGCGACGGGAGUCGGGCCGCCCAGAAUGAGGAAAGCGGGGAGGACGGGAAUUCCCCGUCGUGGAAUACGGAACCGUCCGGGCGCCAGGCCCCUCCUGGCUCCUCCGUGCGUCCGCCUGCCGGGUCACCUUGGACAUCCACUUUGUUUCUCUGGGCCUCGGUUACUUUAUGAUGAUGAUGAUGAUGGCAUUUUUUAAGCGCUUACUGUGUGCAAAGCACUGUUCUAAGCACUGGGCACUGUUC